GCCAUCAAGGAUCAUUUACUAGUUUACCCAACCUAUUCCCUUUCAGCAAAACAAGUCUACUUUACCCAUUCAUGUCAGCUGCGGAGUGUCUGCCCUGCCCUGCUGUUCCUAUGGAAGCUUACAAUAACGAAGAGUUCGCUGUUGGAUGCGUUUUAUCCAUCAAGACUACUUUAGGUGACGAGUUUGAAGCCCAAGUUAUCGCCUUUGACAAACCCUGCAACAUCCUCGUUCUUCAAGAAGGGGUUUCUGCAUCAGGGCAUAGGAGAGACAUAAGGCUAUUGAAAGUCAACUACAUAAAAGAGUUCAGUUUUGUUGGUCAAAGUCAAGACCCAAUUGAUUUCAAUAAAUGUUAUCUUGAUCUCACUAGCCUUCAAGCUAGAGAAGAGUCUGCUAUAAGACAAGCAGAGAUAGAUGCUGAGAGAUUUGGGAUUGGAGUCACAGCUGAAGCUCAGAAUAUAUUUGAUGCUUUGUCUAAAACGCUGCCUGUGCGCUGGGACAAGACUGUGAUAGUUGUGAUGAAUGAGGUGCGUGUUAGCAGUCCAUACCUUCCUGAAUCUGUUGUUGGAGGCACUCCUGCUGCUAAUGAAAGAGUGCGGAAAGUGCUUGAAUUGGAGAGGAAGAGGUUGCAAACCCGUAAUAGUGGACAGUGAGGAUUCCUUAUAUGAUUCCUUUUCGUUGGUUUGAGGUAUUCCUCGGUGACCAGCUGACGAAACAAAUGCCAAGGGCGUUGGCAAAAAUGAGUAUAGUAUCCUACUUGAGUGAAGAUGUAUUGUCUCUCCACCUGUAAGAGAUUUGAACUUGGUAAAUUUUAGUGACAGUAGUUGCUCGCUCCCUCAUCCCCGUCCCCAAAGAAAAUGUAAGAUGAUUUUUUUUUUUCUUUGCAUUUGCUUGUCGCAAUGAGGCAAUUCGAUGUGCCAUAUUAUGUUUACAAGAUUGAUAACUUGAAGGAAUGGUGUCUUCAAGGAAACACAGCUUUGGGGGUGAGGAUGUGAUGAAGUUUUUUUAAUCCAAUCAAAUUUGUUA